AUGGCCGCAGGCUCUAGGCUUAUACAGGGCCUGGGCGCGUCAGCAGCUGGCUCACGAGCGGCCAGCUCGCACGCUGAGAACACCAACACCUUCCUACGCGAGGCGCUCGACCAGCUGGAGUACCCGGAGCGGCUGCAGAAGCUGCUGCUGACCCCCAAUCGGGAGAUGGUGGUCGAGCUCGUCGUGCAAAAGGACAACGGGGAGAUCGAGGUGUACAACGCGUACCGCGUGCAGCACAACAACAGCCGCGGGCCCUUCAAGGGCGGCCUGCGCUACCACCCGGCCGUCGAUCUCGACGACGUGCGCAGCCUGGCGUCGCUCAUGACGUGGAAGACGGCGGUGAUGGACAUCCCCUUUGGCGGCGCCAAGGGGGGCGUCACUGUUGACCCCAAGAAGCUGAGCGAGAGGGAGCUGGAGAAGCUGACGCGGAAGCUGGUGCAGGCCAUCAAGGAGAUCAUUGGCCCCAGCGAGGACAUCCCUGCGCCCGACAUGAACACUGACUCACGGAUCAUGUCGUGGGUCUUUGAUGAGUACAGCAAGUACAAGGGCUUCAGCCCCGGCGUGGUCACUGGCAAGCCGGUGCACCUCCACGGCAGCCUGGGGCGCGACGCGGCGACGGGGCGGGGCGCGGUGUUCGCCACGCGGGAGCUGCUCAAGCACAUGCAGGCGCGGCUUGGGGUGGGGCGGGAUCCCGGCGGGUUUAGGGCUCGAUGUCGACCCUGA